UGCCAGGUGCACCAGGAGGGACAGGCAUGGACACCCUGAGUCCUGGUAGAGCUGGGGUGCCCUUGUCCCCCUCCACAGCCCCACUGCCUGUGUGUUUUAGCCACUUUUUCGAUUACUUAUGUUUCCAGCCCACUUUUUCUCCAUUCAGUGCUGGUUUCUGCCCAGAGGCAUCUGAGCAGCACACGUGGGGUUCAGUCCCAUGAUGCUGGGCAGGAUGUCUGGGGCAUCCUGAAGCUCAGGAGUGUUGUGAGUGAUGCUAAUCACUGAGUGGGAUGGGUUUUACCCCAAAAUGAAGGACAAGGAUAGAGAUAGAGUGACAACAGAAAUUGGAGGGGUUGAGCUGAGGGCAACUGAGCUUCGGUGCUGCUGUGAAAAGUGAAGUGCUUCUGCUGGUGGCUUUGUGCUGGGCUGGCACAGAGAGGCCAUUGGAUAGACCCUGUGGGCUCUGUGGAGCAGGUGGUGACUGAGCUGGUGCCGCGAUGGCGACGCCGGACGUCAGCGUGCACAUGGAGGAGGUGGUGGUGGUGACCACGCCGGACGGCGCCGUGGACGGCGCUGCCAUGGAGGAGGUCAAGACAGUGCUGGUCACCACCAACCUGUCCCAGCACGGUGGUGACAUCAACGAAGACACUCUGGAGACUGAAAAUGCAGCUGCUGCAGCUGCUGCUGCCUUCACAGCCUCCACAGACCUGAAGGAAGCGGUUCUAGUGAAGAUGGCUGAAGAUGAGGACAGUUUGGAGGCAGAGAUUGUCUACCCCAUCACCUGCGGGGACAGCAAAGCCAACCUCAUCUGGAGGAAGUUUGUGUGCCCUGGAAUUAAUGUGAAGUGUGUGCAGUUUCAUGAUCACCUCAUCAGCCCCAAGGAGUUUGUGCACCUGGCAGGGAAGUCGACCUUGAAGGAUUGGAAGCGGGCGAUCCGGAUGAACGGGAUCAUGCUCCGGAAGAUUAUGGACUCAGGAGAGCUGGAUUUUUAUCAGCACACAAAGGUCUGUUCCAACACCUGCCGGAGCACCAAGAUUGACCUGACAGGAGCCAGGGUGUCCCUGACCAGCCAGACAUCAACAGAGUACAUCCCUCUGACUCCUGCCUCUGCUGAUGUGAACGGAUCCCCGGCUACAAUAACCAUAGAAACAUGCGAGGAUGCCAGCGAUUGGAGCACCAGCAUUGGAGAUGACACCUUUGCUUUUUGGCAAGGUCUGAAGGACAGUGGGCUCCUGGAAGAAGUGAUCCAUGAGUUCCACCAGGAGCUGGUGGAGACCAUGAAGGGCUUGCAGCAGCGAGCACAGGAUCCCCCACUGCAGCUUGGGGAUGCUGUUUUACUCAACAACGUAGUCCAGAACUUUGGGAUGCUGGAUCUGGUCAAGAAGGUCCUGGCCAGCCACAAGUGCCAGAUGGAUCGCUCGAGGGAGCAGUACACACGGGAUUUGGCAGCUCUGGAGCAGCAGUGCGACGAGCACCGCAAGCGAGCGAAGGAGCUGAAGCACAAAUCGCAGCAUCUCAACAACGUCCUGAUGACCCUCACACCCGUCUCUGUUCCCACGCCUCUGAAACGCCCCCGGCUGACCAGGGCCACCUCCGGACCAGCUGCCAUCACCUCCCAAGUCCUGUCCCAGCCAGCGCAGCUCACUGUCACCCCCGGCGUGCCAGUGUCCCAGAUUGCCAACCUCCCUCUUGGCAAAGUGGUCUCGGCCCUCCCUCCUUCUGUGCUGGGGAAGAGCCCGGCCCAGCCCCCCGCCGCCAGCUCCCCGGCCUCCCCUCUGCUGGGGGGGUACACGGUGCUGGCCUCCGCCGGCUCCACCUUCCCUGGCACCGUGGAGAUCCACCCGGACGCUUCCAACCUGACGGUGCUGAGCACGGCUGCGGUCCAGGACGGCAGCACGGUGGUGAAGGUGGUGAGCCCCUUCCAGCUCCUGACCCUUCCAGGACUUGGCACGACCAUCCAGAAUGUGACACAAAUAGCUCCCGGGGGGAGCACGGUGGUGACUGUCCCGUCCGGGGCCGCCGAGGCCGCCGGGGACGAGCACGCUGCCGCCGCCAUCGAGGUGACCGCGGUGGCCGACGAGGCGGAGCAGAAGUGAGAGGGGGGACUUGCCUGGAGGGACGCUGGCCGUGCCACUCUGGGGGGAACUGCCUCUUCUCUGGCUGCGCUGUGGGACGAGGAGCGGUGUCGUGAGGGGCACGGGCUAGCGAGACUCAGAGCAGCUCGUGUUGGGAGCGAGGAGGUUCAGGUCAGAGGGAAGGAGGGGGGAGGAAGGAUGCCUGGAGAAGGGAAAGGCAGAAAUGCUCUGCCUUGUUUGGAGGAGGGAAGAAAAAAAGAGCUUAUUUUUUUAUAAAGCUUUCCUCCCCUGUU